CGCCGGCGCUGUCAGGUGCCCCGCCGCCCGGCCCCGGAGCCCGCCGGUCCCCGGCCGAGGAUGCCGCCCGCCGCCGCUCGCUCCGGUUCAUCUGUUGCUGCCUGACCGCGCCGCCAGCCCGAUGGAUGCGGCCGCCCCCGCGCCCUGCCCGUCCGCAGCCGCCCCGCUGGCUACUGAGCCGGGAACCGCUCCGGAGCUCCGCGGCUGGUAAAAACCAAACCAAAACCAAAACCGAACCAAAAAACACCCCCCCGCUUCGCCCCGGACUGGAGAGGCGGCCGAGGACCAUGCAGCGUGUCCCCCGGCUCGGCGCUCCCGGCGCGGCGCCGGGCACAGCCGCCUCCUAGAGCCGCCGGAGCCGGGGCUCCCCCGGACUCGGGGCUCCCCCCGCCAGGACCCGCGCACCGAGCGGCUCCUCCUUCCCUUCUCCCCUCCAGCCGGGCAGGGAGCCCGCCUUCGCACUCCUCUCCCUCUCGAGAUUUUGGGUUUUUUGUUGAGUGUUUGGGGUUUUUUUUGGGUGGAAACCGCCCGUAACUCCGGGGGGAGCUGUGGGGUGGCAGCGGGGAGGCGACCAUGGAAGAAAAGCUCCAGGCGCAUCAGGUGGAGAUCGACCCGGAUUUCGAGCCGCAGAGCCGUCCCCGCUCCUGCACUUGGCCUCUCCCCCACCCCGACUUGGCGGCGGAGGAGGAAGAUGGGGGCGCGGGGGGAACCCCGGCGCUGGCGGCCGGCGGGGACGGAGCCGAGAACGCGGCGGCCCCGGUGGAGCGCAGAGUCGCCGCCGCUCCCCCGCCGCCCCCCGGCGCGGAUGUGGGGCAGCUCCGCAAGGCCAAGACCUCCCGGCGCAACGCCUGGGGCAACCUCUCCUACGCCGACCUCAUCACCAAAGCCAUCGAGAGCUCGCCGGAGAAGCGCCUCACCCUCUCCCAGAUCUACGACUGGAUGGUGCGAUACGUCCCCUACUUUAAGGAUAAAGGAGACAGCAACAGCUCCGCCGGCUGGAAGAACUCCAUCCGGCACAACCUGUCCCUGCACACGCGCUUCAUCCGCGUGCAGAACGAGGGCACCGGCAAGAGCUCCUGGUGGAUGCUGAACCCCGAGGGCGGCAAGACGGGCAAGACGCCGCGGCGGCGCGCCGUGUCCAUGGACAACAACAGCAAGUUCCUGCGCAUCAAGGGCAAGGCCAGCAAGAAGAAGCAGCUGCAGGUGACGCAGGAGCGUGGCGAGGACAGCCCGUCCUCCCAGCAAGCCAAGUGGUCGGAGAGCCCCGCGUCCCACGCCAGCGACGAGUACGACGCCUGGGCGGACUUCCGGACGCGGGCCAGCUCCACGGCCAGCACACUGAGCGGGCGCCUCUCACCCAUCAUGGCCAACCAUGAGCCGGACGAGCUGGAGGAGGACGAUGGAACCCCCUCGUCCCCGCUGAUGUACCCCAGCCCUUCCAGCACCAUGUCUCCUUCCCUCAGCGCCCGCUGCUCCGUGGAGCUGCCCCGGCUGACCGACCUGACCGGCACCAUCAGCCUGAACGAGAGCCUGGGGGAGAGCAUGCUGGAGGACCUGCAGGACGGCUACAGCAUGAGCCCCUCCCAGCAGCUCCCCCCGGCCGCCCUGCGCCAGCGGAGCUCCAGUUUCACCUUCAACUCCAAGUGCUCCAGCAUGGGGGCCGCCUCCAACACCUACUGUGGGACCAUCUACAGCCAGCCGGCCAUGAGCCUCAUGCGCCGCCUGCCCAUGCAGACCAUCCAGGAGAACAAGCAGGCCACCUUCUCGCCCGUCAGCUCCUACAGGAACGCCUCGCUGCAGGACCUGCUCUCCUCCAUCUCCUACGCGCACAAGGAGAGCAUGGUCCCGGGGGAGCUGCCCCUGCCGCAGGCCAGCCCCAUGGUGCCGGCCCGUGGCCACAGACACAACCCGCUGCUGUGCGGGGGCGGGGAGCAGGCCUUGUCCUCCUACCCGCCCCACCCGGGCUCUCUCAUGAAGAGCAACGCGUUGUACCACCCGUCACCAGCCGGCCACCACCCUGCGGUCAACACCAGUGCCUUAGCCAAUCCUGUCAGCCUUAUGAGCCUGCCCAGUGACUCGUGCAGCAUGACGGCCGUGCCGCACCACGGGCACCUGCAUCCCUACGCUAAUAACCAAGGGGCACACAUGAGCUUGCUGGAUUCGCUGCAGGGCCCCUACCCGGGGGCCGUCCACACCCCCGUGUUGGGCCAAGACAGGUUCCCAGCAGACCUGGACCUGGACAUGUUCAACGGGAGCCUGGAGUGCGACGUGGAGUCGAUCAUCCUCAAUGACUUUAUGGACAGUGACGAGAUGGACUUCAACUUCGACUCGGCGCUCCCGCCGCAGAACGGGCUCAACGUGCCCGCGCUGCCCGGGGGGCCACAGCCCACGAACCAGAGCUGGGUGCCCGGGUGAGCCCUGCCCCGGCACGGGCUCGCCACCGGGAAGCCACGAGGGGAACAUUGAGACUAACUUUUUUUUUUUCCUUUCUCUUCUGCCUUUGUUUGUUAAGAUAGGCGAGAGCCAUCAGUCUGAGCUUAAGGUCGAACAUGAAACACAAUCCGGAGGGUCAAAUGUUGAGAUGGGGGAGGACACCCAGCCCCAGGUGUGCCCGGUCUGCAGGUCCUGCCAGCAUCCUCUGGAGGACGCAGGGCAGGUGGGUGGGAGAGGCAGCUGGAGCCAGGCAGAUCCAGGGGGGUAGUGGGAAGGGAAAGCCUUUCCAGAUGGUCCCAGUGCCCUGUGGUAAUGGUGCCAGUUUGAUUUGCCCUUGGGCUGGAGGACGGAGUGGUGACAGCUGGUGGUGUGGGACACCCCCAGCACGGGCAUCCCCCCUGGGGAAGAACACUUCUCUGAGCCACCUUGGGAAGUGAGUCCUCUGGGCAGAAGUGUCAGGAGUGGGGACGCUGCCCCAGGGCAAGGUGGGGCUCAUGGCCCCUCAGUCCUGGUGGAGAUGGGAGCUCUGCUGAGCCCACACCCCCAGGCCAGCUCCGCUGGGUGUCCUGGUGGCUCCAGGCAGGUUUCCUUACCGAGCAGUGAGCAGGGGGUGGUGAUGGUGUGCAGCCAGCAGCCCUGGGAGCAGCAUCUCAGCAGCCCCUGGGGCCUGGGGGUGCAGGGGAAGCUGCAGGCCCUGCCCGGAGCAGGCUGGGCACGCUCCAGGGGGGUCCUGCUGGCAGUGAGGGACCCCUGGGCUGGAGGCUCAGGGGCAGCUCGCAGGGGAGGGGAGGGGGGCGUAUUUAUUUGAUUUCAUGCACUCUUUUGCCAUUGAGUUUUUGCAUUGGAAGGAAGAAAGGGUCGAGCUUAGGGAGAGGAGAGAGAGGCCAUGGGCAAUAUGUCCCAUCACAUGGCUCAUCUUGGCUUGGCCAUGGGGGUUGUUGGAUGUUGGGGUGAAAGUUUGGGGGCUGUGAUGUGGGCCAUCCUCCAGGAGGGGCUGUGUGUGUGACGAGGGGAGGGAUCUGGUGGCCAGGCCUCUGGAUGCAGCGUGGGGUCCAUCAUGCUCCAAGCUUGGGUGACCCACAUUGCUCAGGGAGGUGCCACAGGGGCCCCAGCCAGGGCUGUGGGGCUCCUGGGGGGUCAGUGCCACCAUGCCUGUCCCAGUGUCUCACUGCCCACCCCUGGGGUGCCAGGAGAGCUGAUCCAGGAGCUGUCAGCAAGAGGAGUGCACCCCAGCCAGGGGCUGGGGCUCCAUGGGGGUGGGGACCAUGAUUCACACGUGGUCCUGCUGUUUGUCAGGACCCCAGACUGAACCCACUCAAUGGGACAGAAGAGGGCCAGGGAUGUCCCAGCCAUUCCACACAGCUGCCAGGAGUAGCAGGGUUUGGAGGGGUUCAGGCUGGUGGCCAGCAGGAGCAACUGGUCUGGAGAUGAUGCAGGGGCUGGGAGGAGGUGCUGGGAGCUGAUGCUGUGUCCUGUGGGGUCUCUGCUCAGCCAUUCUUCCUCCUGGGCACCACAGGCUCUCUGUGACCCCCAGCCUCUGGCUUACAGUGGGGUCAGUGCACAGAGCCAGCACAUUUUCCCAGCUCAGCUCUUCCCUUCCUGCCCCAGCUCCAGCUCCUCUGCCACGGAGCUGGAUCCCAGCCAGCCACAGGGACAGCGUGGCUGCCCUGAGUCAGGGCAGGGGGACCCAUGGGUGGCACCUCCUGGUCCUCUCCUGACCCACAUGGCUGUGACAGAGGAGCCCUGUGUGCCACUGCCCACCUUCACCCGGGGCACAAGGCAGGCACAGUCUCUAAAGACAUCCUUACAAGUUAAUUAAUUAUGUUUACAUUAUUUGAUCAUGUACAGAAUUUAAUAUAUUCUAUUAUAUAUAAUCUUUCUUGAAUGCUUUUUUAAAAAGGAUUAUUCUUUGGUCAGGAUCAUUACUGCAUUCCUUUUAUACACCACCUCUCCUCGCAGGCAUCUUUCAAAUCCUUGGAAACCGAUUGCAAAUGGCUCUUUAACCCCCGACCCCCCAGUCCAGCACGUGGUGUGAGGGACCCAGAGGCAGGAGAGAGGGCAGCUCUGGCUGCCCUGGAGCAAACAGGGGCCUCUGCCCCCAGGAAUGGGAGAAAGGGAAGGAGUCCUGGCUCCUCCAGGCACAGAUCCAGCAGCACACCAGCAUGCCGGGCAGCACUUGGGCAGUUGGAGAGGGAUUCUCCCACGCUGGGGACCCCGAGCCCCCUCUGGUGUCACAGACACUGGCUGGCCAUCAAUGUGAUGGGGGAGCUGCCCAGGAGCAGGAGGGAAGUGUCCCUUGUGUGCCCAGCACAGGAGGGAAGUGUCCUCAGCACAGGAGAGAAGUGUCCCCUGUCCCCAGCACAGGAGGGAAGUGCCCCCGUGCCCGCCGUGCCGCCCCGUGCCCCUGCCCCGCUGCGUGGGCACGGCCCCUGGCCAAGCUGUGUCGUGGUUCGUGACCGUGGGGUUGUCGUGUGUGCGGUGCAGUCGUGUUGGUAACGUCGUGUGUUCAGUCGUCCUGCGGGGCGGGGGGCGGCGGGGGCGGGCACGGGCACCCCCAGGGUGGCUGGGAGCCCGGGGACAGGGUGGCUGCAGGGCUGGGUGGCACAGCUGGCCCUGCCAGGGGACCAAAGGGCCAGGGCAGGUGGGGCCGUGGUGUCCAGGUGGGUGGUGGUGAGGGACUGGGCGUGUUGGGGCUGGCAUGUCCUGGGAGUGGCUGGCGUGGCUGUGCCCCCCACCCCGUGACUGUCAGUGUGGGGAAGGGGACACCAGGGCUUUGUGUCACUGCCUGAGGCUCUGGGUUCCCUCUGUGGAACCUGCGAGGCCACCUCAGGUCCCACCUCACUGAGCUCCAUCCUCCCCUCUCCAUCCGCCCGUUCCCCCUCUGGGACCAGGAGCUCCCUCCCUGCUCCCGCCCUGCCCUGCCUGGGGCCGCUCUGGGGGGACACCCAGGACCCCCAGUUUGCUUCCCCUGGCGGUUUUGGGUCCGUUUCCCUCGUAUUUAUAACUGUACAGACUGGGGGGGAGGGUCUCAUCUCUCACACACAUUUAUUGUAGGCAAUGGUAACUUUCUUGGUUGUGCUAUUAGAGUUUGUGUAUGUGGCAAUGUAAAGAACUGUGUAUAGUGCAUUGUACAGCAUAUUUUCAUGAAUAAAAUUGUUUUAAAUAUUACAA